UCAGACUCUGAGGGUGAAAGGACGAAGCUGAGCGUUCUGCUGUGCGAGGCGCCAUACGGCUGCGCGCACCCGCCGCGCGUAAAAGGCGUUCCAUUUUUUUACGCACAGCCCUAGAGCGCCAAAUUUUGGAGAUUUUGUUGAACUUAAAGUUCAGGUACCAUCUUUGUAAAUUACAAGACAGAGAGGCAUUCAGGUGGACACGUUGCCGGCUGCAGUUAUAACUAAAAUUGGGGGGAAAGGAGUCCGAUAUUUUUAUUCUCCCUCAAAUGAGCGCAAGAAGUGAGCUUUCAUUCACUGUUUUAUUGGAAUCAUUCACUUCAAGUCGUAAUGUUUAGAGGGUAGUCGCCACUUUCUGUCACAAGAAUAGAAUGGAUCCUCUUUUUAAUACAACCACUGUGCCAAAUUGGACCGCGAACUCCAACGACACUGACAGCGAGAAAGAGUACGGGAACCAGUUUGUGCAGCCGGUGUGGAGGAUCGUCCUCUGGGCCAUCGCCUACAGCUGCAUUGUCAUCGUGUCAACAGUCGGUAAUGUUACGGUGAUCUGGAUCAUUAUGGCGCACAAGCGCAUGAGGACUGUCACCAACUACUUUCUGCUCAACCUGGCUUUCGCCGAAGCCUCCAUGUCCACCUUCAACACGGUGAUCAACUUCGUCUACUCCGUGCACAACGAGUGGUACUUCGGACUGGUCUACUGCCGAUUCCAAAACUUCUUUCCGAUCGCCGCUGUCUUCGCCAGCAUCUACUCCAUGUCUGCGAUCGCUCUGGACAGGUACAUGGCCAUCAUCCAUCCCCUGCAGCAGCGCAUGUCGUCUACAGAGACCAAAGUGGUGGUUGCAGUGAUCUGGGCUCUGGCUCUGCUCCUGGCCUUUCCUCAGUACUACUACUCCAACACGGAAAAGAUUGGCGGCAGGAUCCUUUGCUACAUUGACUGGCCCGAAUACAAAGUCUGCAACGUGGAAAAGAUGUACCAAGUGUCUGUGGCCAUCUUACUUUACUUCCUUCCCCUGCUGGUGAUGGGUUGUGCAUACCUUGUGGUUGGACUCACGCUUUGGGCCAGUGAGAUCCCAGGAGAUUCUUCGGACCGCUACAGAGAGCAGCUGAUAGCCAAGCGCAAGGUGGUGAAGAUGAUGAUCGUUGUGGUGUGCACGUUCGCCGUGUGCUGGCUGCCAUACCAUACCUACUUCCUGCUGAACCAGUUCUUCCCUGACAUGUCUCAAAAAGCGUACAUGCAGCAGUUCUACUUGGCCAUCAUGUGGUUGGCUAUGAGCUCCACCAUGUACAAUCCCAUCAUCUACUGUUGUCUGAAUGACAGGUUUCGCGCUGGUUUUAAGCAAGCUUUCCGCUGCUGCCCCUGUGUCCCGGAAGGCUCCUACGAAGGCCUGGAACUAAAGUCCACUCGGUACCUUCAGACUCAGACCAGCGUUUACAAAACCAGCCGAAUGGAGACCACCAUAUCCACGGUUCUUCAUGCCGGCGACGAAGCUGACCCGGCCAAAAUAAAGAAUAAAGGAAGACUGGGGCCUGGCGGAGCUGUGGUUAGUGCACGACCACAUGGUUCAUCCCUCGACCUCACUUCCAAUGGAUCUUCUUCCCAGAGUGUCUCCAAAACCGUGUCAGAGACUUCCAGUUUUUAUUCCAGUAACAACACACAAGAAUGAAGGCAGAGGAGGGUUUUUCAGAAGGCAGGGAAAGUGUUAGCUCCCACUGAUUCUCCUCAUAAAUGGCAUCUUGUGAAUGUUAUCUUUGUAAAUUUGGCCCCUGUUCCCUGAACAGCAUCUCCAUCCACAGCACCCCCACAGAGAGUUCUCACUCCGCUCAUGCUUAGUGCAAAACUGUAACAAAGAGCACUUCAUCUGCAUGAGCACUUUCUAAGCAAAAGCAAAAGUCAACUUCAGAUCUUGUCACAGGAGCCUGCUCUUUGCCGGUGCAGAGAGAAGGCUCACAGGUCCAAAAAAAUAAAAUAAAUAAAA